GUCCCUUGUGGUUGUCCACUUCUGGGCACCAUGGGCUCCUCAGUGUGUUCAAAUGAAUGAGGUUAUGGCAGCACUAGCAAAGGAGCACAUGCAGGUGACAUUUGUGAAGCUGGAAGCAGAAGCUGUGCCUGAAGUAUCUGAAAAAUAUGAAAUUAGUUCUGUUCCAACGUUCCUAUUCUUUAAGAAUUCCCAGAAAGUUGACAGGCUGGAUGGUGCACAUGCCCCAGAGCUGACCAAAAAGGUGCAACGCCACUCGUCCAGCAGCUCCCUCCCUGCUGCCUCCAAGGACACUGCGGGAGAGGAUCUCAAUGUGCGGCUGAAGAAGCUCAUCAACGCUGCCCCUUGCAUGCUCUUCAUGAAAGGCUCUCCGAAGGAACCUCGCUGUGGUUUCAGCAAACAAAUGGUGGAGAUACUGAACAAACAUGGUGUUUCAUUUAGCAGUUUUGAUAUUUUUUCUGAUGAAGAAGUUCGUCAGGGGCUGAAAACAUACUCUAAUUGGCCAACUUAUCCACAGUUGUAUGUAGCUGGAGAGCUUAUAGGUGGACUGGAUAUUGUCAAGGAACUGGAGGCAUCUGGAGAACUGGACACAGUCUGUCCCAAGGCCCAGAAGCUGGAGGACAGGCUUAAAGUCUUGAUAAACAAAGCUCCUGUGAUGCUUUUUAUGAAGGGAAACAAACAGAUGGCAAAAUGUGGAUUCAGCAAGCAAAUUAUAGAAAUCAUCAAUGACACUGGUGUUGAUUAUGAGACAUUUGACAUCCUGGAAGAUGAAGAGGUUCGGCAAGGAUUAAAAACCUAUUCCAACUGGCCAACGUAUCCUCAGCUGUAUGUGAAAGGUGAACUCGUUGGAGGGCUGGAUAUUGUUAAGGAACUAAAGGCAAGUGGUGAAUUGUUGCCUAUUCUGAAGGGAGAAAAUUAAUGGAAAAGGACAUGGAUGGGAACAGAAAUACUUGGAACAAUUAGUCAUUUCUAGAUAGUUCUGGAGCUGACACAACUGACCUGUGAAGCCAGUCAGGAGUAAAUAAAGACAGCUCAUGUACUCUAUUUCACAAAGCCAUGCUACAAGUGAAAAUGUUUCCAGUGAAGACAGAGAAAUGUCAGCAUCUUCCAAUUCAAUUAAAACAUGAUGCU